AUGUUCGCUUUUAUGAUCGCUGGUGCAAACGACGGCGCGUACGGUGCCAUCCUGCCGUACCUGGAGGAAUUCUACAAUCUAACAUAUGUGGUCGUAUCCCUCGUCUUCCUCUCUCCUAUGUGCGGCUACGUCGGCGCUGCGCUUCUCAACAACUGGAUCCAUGUCCGCUUCGGCCAGCGUGGAGCUGCUUUUUUAGCUCCCUUCUGCCAUCUCUGCGCAUAUAUUGGAAUCGCGCUUCACCCGCCGUAUCCGGUUCUGGUCGUAGUGUUCAUCCUUGCAGAGUUUGGCAACGGCCUUGAAGAUGCGGCGUGGAACGCGUGGCUGGGCAGCAUGGCGAACUCGAACGAAGUCCUGGGGUUUCUGCACGGGUUCUUUGGACUUGGUGCAGUGCUGAGUCCACUUGCAGCCACCAGCUUAAUUACGAAAAGUGGCUGGACGUGGUACCAGUUUUACUACCUCAUGAGUGGCGGCGCCGUAAUCGAAUUAGCAACCUCAUUUGCGGCCUUUUUCCCCAUGACAGGCCAAAAGUACAGAGAAUCGAAGCCACGAACUAAAGCAGGUUCUGAUAGCCGCCUGAAGGAAGCGCUCAGAAGCCGAGCUACUUGGGUUGCUUCGGUGUUCUUCUUCUUGUACAUUGGCGUUGAGGUGGCGCUUGGAGGAUGGGUCGUCACAUUCAUGCGCCGAGAGCGAGCAGGAGGCGACUUCGCGUCCGGUAUGGUUGCUACCGGUUUCUGGACAGGCAUCACACUCGGUCGUGUCGUGCUUGGAUUUGUGACUCCGAGGCUGGGAGAGAAGCUCGCAGUCCUACUUUACAUCACCUUCGCCAUGGUAUGCCAGCUCAUAUUCUGGCUGGUACCUUCUUUUCACGUCUCAGCCAUCUUCGUUUCUCUCCAAGGCUUCUUCCUCGGCCCUCUCUUCCCUGCCACCAUCGUAGCCGUAACUAAAGUGCUCCCUCCGUACCUGUACGUCUCGGCGAUUGGAUUCGCAGCUGCGUUCGGAGGCGGGGGAGGAGCCGUACUUCCCUUUGCCAUUGGUUCACUAGCACAGGCAAAAGGUGUCAGUGUACUCCAACCUAUCAUUAUGGCCGUCCUCGCCGUUCUGCUAUCCUUAUGGUUCUCCUUUCCCAAGCUCAACAAAAAGGCCGCUGGGGAAGCCUCUUCGGAACCCGAGACGAAAUCAUUGAAAUUGCUGAACAUCGACUUUGAUCUUGUUGAGACUGGCAGACGGACAUUCAACAAGAGCCGGGGGAGGUUGGUGAAAGCCUUCUCUAAUACGUUCUCUAUCACUAACACUGAAGGUUGUAGAUAA